ACGUGAUCCGGGAUGAGGUGGAGUUCGGCUUUAAGGGGGCGUCCCUUCUCAUCUUCCUCAAUCUUCAGGGGCUGAGCGGGAGAGUCACCCACCGGCCCCUCCGCGACCCUUCCGUCGCACCCUGCCGGCUUUCUGAAAACUCGGGGGGGAGAGAGGAGCAGGAGGAGGAAGAUCCCCAGAAGAGGAGUAUUCAGUUCAUGGGAAUGAGGAAUUCAAAACUCAGUUUACGGAAUCCACUCCGUGGAAUAAUCUGACCUUCUGACUUGCUUUGAAGAAGCGCACUGUUCAUUUGUCAAGUGGAUGACAGCAAAACUGGUAAAGAUGAAUGCAACACCGUUUUCCCAGGUUGAGAAUCACUCACUUCACUAUAAUAUCUCAGAAAACUCCCCACUUUUUGCUUUCGAAAACGAUGACUGUCAUCUGCCCUUGGCUGUGAUAUUUACCUUGGCUCUGGCCUACGGGGCUGUGAUCAUCCUCGGGGUCUCUGGAAACCUGGCUCUGAUCAUCAUCAUACUGAAACAGAAGGAGAUGAGGAACGUGACCAACAUCCUGAUUGUGAACCUCUCUUUCUCGGACUUGCUCGUGGCCAUCAUGUGUCUCCCCUUCACGUUUGUCUACACGCUGAUGGACCACUGGGUCUUUGGGGAGACCAUGUGCAAGCUGAAUCCCUUCGUGCAGUGCGUUUCCAUCACCGUGUCCAUCUUCUCGCUGGUCCUCAUCGCUGUGGAGCGGCACCAGCUGAUCAUCAACCCGCGAGGAUGGAGACCCAACAACAGACACGCCUACAUAGGGAUUGCUGUCAUCUGGAUGCUUGCUGUGGCUUCGUCCCUGCCCUUCCUCAUCUACCAGGUCCUGACCGACGAACCUUUCCAGAAUGUAACGCUGUUUGCGUUCAAAGACCAGUACGUGUGCUUCGAUCAGUUCCCGUCAGACUCUCACAGGCUGUCCUACACCACGCUCCUCCUGCUGUUGCAGUACUUCGGCCCGCUGUGCUUCAUAUUUAUCUGCUAUUUUAAGAUAUACAUUCGCUUAAAAAGGAGAAACCACAUGAUGGACAAGAUGAGAGACAGCAAGUGCAGGUCCAGCGAAACCAGGAGGAUCAACGUCAUGCUGCUGUCCAUCGUGGUGGCCUUCGCCGUCUGCUGGCUGCCCCUGACCAUCUUCAACACGGUGUUCGACUGGAAUCACCAGAUCAUUGCCACGUGCAACCACAACCUGCUGUUCCUCCUCUGCCACCUCACGGCGAUGAUAUCCACGUGCGUCAACCCCGUCUUCUACGGGUUCCUGAACAAAAACUUCCAGAGAGACUUGCAGUUCUUCUUCAACUUCUGUGACUUCCGCUCCCGCGAGGACGACUACGAGACGAUAGCCAUGUCCACCAUGCAUACGGAUGUCUCCAAGACGUCCCUGAAGCAGGCGAGCCCAGUCGCAUUUAAAAAAGUCAGUAAUGAUGACAAUGAGAAAGUCUGAGGCUGAUGGGAGCGUGUGGUUCCAGAUGCCGUCUGCCGAAAGCAAGCACAACCUGCCGCCCACGUCCAUGACCUUCCUCCCAGGGAGGAGGGUCGAAAUCGUCUGGGAAAGACCAAGAGUUUCUUGUCUGGCUUUUCACUGCUUUUGUUUGGGCUGUCAUGAUUGCUUCAGGAUCAAAACAUCUAUGGACACUGGAGUCUUCUGGGAAUAGUUUAGACCAGAUGUCUUCAAAUGUGUGUGAGUGUUUGUGUGUGUGUGUGUGCAUGUGUGUGCAUGUGCACACACAUAUGUAAUGCAUAUGAAGAGUUUUAUACUAUAUUUAUUGGAAUGUACUUUUUCUCAAGUAUUACCAUGAGAUGACUCAAAAGCAGUUUGCUGUUCUCAAAAUACAGGCCUUCUUGAUUAGAUUGCAUCACCUUUGCUUAACGCUAGGUGUUAUUGGGGUCUUACAGGGAUGGUGGCACAAGAAAAUGAUCUUCAGAAUGUGAUGGGAUUAAAAGAGAGUCUGAAGUCACUCAGUAGUGUUUUUCUUCCUUUGUUUUAGAAAGGUAACCUAAUUUAUUCCUUCUAAUUGAAUAUCACUUCAGAUAACAUACAUAAAAAUGCUUUCUCAGCUAGGAAUAGCAUAUGGAAUUAGGCCAUCUACAAGAAUGAAGUACAAGAGAAUUCCCCAAUUUCAAAAUUUUCCUGGUACCUGACAACCAAAGCAUUUGAGUUAAGUAGUUUAAUACAUGAAUUAGUUUUGCUGCAGAUAGUUAAAUUGCACUCUUUGGAAAGAUAUUCAAGAGGGUUUUUUUUUUUAAUCCAUCAUAGAGUGUUCAGUGUUUGUCAAGCUUUCUGGCAUAAAAUAUAAUUCAAAACGUGUUUCCAGGUUAAAAUAUACAAAAACACAAAACAUAUUUUCUAUACAGCAGUGCCUAUUAGUAACUCUGUUUUAACUCUUACCGACUUUCAAAGCAGAGAACAAUCAAUGUGAAAAGGAAUGUUCACUCCAGCCAGAAGGGAUAAAUAUGGACUGUUCAUAAAGAUGCCCCAUGUGAACUUGUAUAAACCGUGUGAUUUGUGGAAUUUCAUAAACCAUAUACUAUAUAAAGUAUGUCAUGUUAAUAUACUUAGUUUUAUGUAUCUUGCAAUCAGGAUUGAGCCUCGGAAAAGACACUUUGAAGAAUGAGACAGACUUUAUAUUGUGUAAAAUAUUAAAGUAUUUUGAUUUUAGAAGGGCACACAGGUUCUGCAUUAAAAUUGCUUUCACUUGUUUUUUUU